ACAAACUUGAGUCGCAAACCAGUCGCGAGAACAAAUUAGUCUACUAGUGACCACAGCAGCAUUCGGAAGAUUAUCAAAAAAAAACUUUAUCAGGAAUUCAGACUAGGAAACAGUCUGUGUAACCGUUGUAUGGAAGUAAUUUAACGUUCAAAUUUUGUGAGGCUGCUUGGAAGCGUUAACAUCUCAGCAUGAGUUGUGCUAGUGUUCUAACCAGUAAGGAUCUACCGGAUAUUGAGAGCCUGUUGGCACUCAAUCCACGAGUAAAAUCCCACGGAUCCCUGGUACCGACCACCGUCACCAAAACAACGAAGAAGCACUGGAAACGCAACACCGACCGAUCAUGUACCAGUUGCACCCCGCUUACCAAUGACUUCUCGGACAUUAAGCACACGACCCUAUCGGAACGGGCAGCACUACGCGAGGCAGCCCGCUGCCUCAAGUGUGCUGAUGCUCCGUGCCAAAAGUCAUGUCCCACUCAGCUGGACAUCAAGAGUUUCAUCACUAGUAUCGCUAACAAAAAUUACUACGGUGCUGCCAAGGCUAUAUUUUCAGAUAAUCCAUUGGGCCUGACCUGCGGCAUGGUUUGUCCGACAAGUGAUCUUUGCGUUGGUGGCUGUAAUCUACAAGCGGCUGAAGAAGGAGCUAUCAACAUCGGAGGUCUCCAGCAGUUUGCUACCGACGUAUUCAAACGCAUGGGACUUCGUCAGAUCGUGCCGUCCAAUGUUGCUCCACUGAAGGAUCCAAGUAAAAAGGUAGCUCUACUAGGUGGUGGCCCCGCUUCGCUUUCCUGUGCAACAUUCCUCGGACGACUUGGCUACAAAGACAUCACUAUCUACGAAAAGCGUACCUAUCUGGGCGGUCUUAGCUCAUCGGAGAUUCCCCAGUACCGUCUACCGUUCGACGUUGUCGAUUUCGAAAUCCAACUAGUGAAAGACCUCGGCGUUAAAUUUGAAACCGGUCGUGCCCUAUCAACCAAGGACAUAACUGUUCAGGGUCUUUUGGAUGCGGGAAACGAUGCUGUGUUCCUGGGAAUCGGCUUACCGCAGCCAAAAAUCGAUAAGGUAUUUUCCGGCCUGACAAAGGAGCAAGGUUUUUACACUUCUAAGGACUUUUUGCCGCUGGUAUCCGACGGAAGCAAACCGGGCUUAUGUUCGUGCAAGUCGGCGGCUUCCAAAUUACCGUCCCUCAGUGGAAAUGUUAUAGUUUUGGGAGCUGGCGAUACAGCGUUCGAUUGUGCCACUUCAGCUCUUCGCUGUGGUGCUAGGAAGGUGUUCGUAGUCUUCCGAAAGGGUAACAACAAUAUCCGUGCCGUCCCGGAGGAGGUGGAACUUGCCCGCGAAGAGCGUUGUGAGUUUAUUCCUUUCAUGUCGCCGAAGGAGGUCAUCAUUCGAGAUGGGAAGAUUGCAGCUAUUGAAUUUAUACGGACAGAACAAGAUGAAAGUGGCAAUUGGAUCGAGGACACAGAUCAGAUCACGCGUUUGAAGGCAAACUACGUUAUUUCUGCUUUCGGAUCCGGGUUGAGCGACAAAGACGUCAUCGACGCACUGAGCCCCGUCCCUCUUAAUCGUUGGAAUUUACCUCAAGUGGACCCAAAAACUCAACAAACUCAAAUCGCAUCGGUUUUCUGUGGUGGAGAUUUAGCCGGAGCAGCCGAAACAACGGUCGAGUCCGUUAACGAUGGUAAAACGGCUGCCUGGUACAUUCAUUGCUAUCUACAGGAACUACCCUUCGACACACCACCUCAGCUGCCACUCUUCUAUACCGAAAUCGAUAACGUAGACCUAUCGGUUGAGGUAUGUGGUGUUCGAUUUGAAAAUCCGUUCGGACUUGCGUCGGCACCUCCCACGACAAGUACGGCAAUGAUACGUCGAGCUUUUGAACAGGGAUGGGGCUUUGCCGUUACAAAGACGUUUGCCCUAGAUAAAGACACGGUGACUAAUGUGAGUCCCCGCAUUGUUCGUGGAGUAACCGCUGGACACAACUUUGGUCCGCAGCAGGGUGCCUUCCUAAAUAUCGAGCUGAUAUCCGAAAAAUGUGCUGAUUACUGGCUAACCGGUGUAACAGAGUUGAAACGGGACUUCCCUUCGAAAGUGGUGAUUGCUAGCAUAAUGUGUACCUAUAACGAGGAGGAUUGGACUAAUUUGGCCAAACGAGCAGAGGCUGCAGGCGCUGACAUGCUUGAGUUGAAUUUGUCAUGUCCCCAUGGUAUGGGAGAAUCCGGAAUGGGUCUGGCCUGCGGUCAAGAUCCAAAACUAGUGUAUAACAUUUCUCUUUGGGUACGAGCCGCUGUGAAAAUCCCUUUCUUCGUUAAGCUGACUCCAAACAUCACCGAUAUCGUAUCGAUUGCUCAGGCAGCUCAACGAGGCAAAGCAGACGGAGUGUCGGCAAUCAAUACCGUUCAAGGACUGAUGUCUAUAAAUGCCGAUACAUCACCUUGGCCAGCUGUUGGUGUCGAUAAACGAACAACAUACGGAGGGGUGUCCGGAAAUGCUACUCGUCCGCAGGCCUUACGAGCAGUUUCAUUGAUCGGAAACAAACUGCCCGGAUUUCCGAUCUGCGGUAUCGGUGGCAUCGAUUCAGCCGACGUAGCCCUGCAAUUCAUUCAGUGUGGUGCUCCCAUUCUUCAGAUCUGUUCAUCGAUUCAGAAUCAGGACUUUACCGUCGUAGACGACUACAUUACCGGCCUUAAAGCGUUAUUGUACCUGAAGGCAAAUCCACCCCCGGAAAGUCUUGCCUGGGAUGGACAGUCACCACCGACUCAGAAACUACAGAAGGGUAAGCCGGUAGCAGAGCUCCGUGAUGACGAUGGGAAACCUUUGCUGCAUUUCGGAGAAUACAGGAAAAAGCGAGAAGAGAAGCUGGCUAAAAUGCGAAGUGAAAAUGGAGCUCUGUGGGAUCCAACUGUCACAAAUGGUGAUGUGGAUAAGCGUGAAAGAAAAACAAGUGCGGAAAAUCCCGCUCCGAAAAUCAAGGACGUGCUUGGAGCCGCUUUACCAAAAAUCGGUUCGUACAAAAGCUUGGACAAUAAGAAGCAAGUGGUUGCCCUCAUUGAUGAUGACCUUUGUAUCAACUGUGGCAAAUGCUAUAUGACGUGUGCGGAUUCUGGAUAUCAAGCAAUUAAGUUCGAUGCAGUGACACACGUGCCUCUCGUCACAGAUGAUUGCACCGGUUGUAAUCUGUGCCUGUCGGUUUGUCCGAUCAUCGAUUGUAUUAGCAUGGUACCGAAGACGAUUCCACAUGUGAUCAAGCGAGGACACCUGAAACCCGUAGCGACCUUCCACGCUCUUUCUCCGUCUCAGUAAAACUGAUGUCAUGGACAACGUAUGGUGUUGCUUGGUUGUAAUCAAUUCUAAUGCAUUUCUAUGUUUGUUUUAGAUUUAGAAUUUACGUGUGUCGUAAUGUUAGUAACAAAACUAUUACUACUGGAAAGUACCAAAAAUGCUUUUAAUUUUCAAAGACGAAAAAGCAGAAAGCAACACGUCUCCAUAGUUCAGUAGACUGCCAAAUUAUGACGGCAACUAAAUUUGAAGGGAGAUUCAGUCCAUAGUAGAAGAGUGAGUGCUUCCAUAAAAGAACCACAAAAAAAUUAACUGUCGGUCAUUCUGAAAAGUUUGCUUACAGCAGCCAAUUCUUUCAAUCGCCGGUGGCGUGUACCGAAAUGAUUGUUCCAAUUGGUUUUUAAACAAUUCAAAAAAGGAUUUUUGACGUCUGUUCUCUGUGAACAUAAUAUGUCGAUCUAGCGGAACUGUCAAAUUCUCGAGCAUACCAGUACAAACGAGCCAUAUUAUGGGAACUCUGCAAUGUUUUUACAAUUAAAUAAUAUUUUUUCCUGGACACCUCUCUCUAGCUCUAUGAGAAUAACUAGAAGCAGAGCAUGUUUCAUACAGAAUACGCUAAACAGGUAGCAUACCACAAUGUUAUCUAUUUCAACGCUUUUUUGUGAAAAGGGCGAUACUUCAAAUGUAAACAUAAGGCUUUUUCAUACAUGCGAAUGAAGCCUUUGAAACGCAACAAAUUAACCUUAACCUUAAAAUUUGGAUUCUACGAUAUUCCUUUCUUAAACUACGGCAAAAAAUACAACGGGCGAAACUGUACUUUUGUUUAUUUAAAGUUUCACCCUCCACGCUCCAUGCAAACAAACAGGGCGAUACUUUUUUUGCUAGCAGUUUAGAGGCGAAACUGUUUUUUCGUAUUUUUUUUAGGAUUAUCAAGCUGAUAUCAGCUGUAAAUAGUAACAAUGAUCGCUAUUGAAAAAACCUGGACGAAAUCAGUGGUGUAAAACGGUGGUUAUUGUAAAAAAACGUAAGGGCGAUACUUCAAUGCUGAUAGGUCGGACCGAAAAAGUAAACAAUCGAAAAAGGGGCGAUACUAUCAUUUUGUCAAUUUCAAUAGCAAAAACAAACUUUAAUUUAAUAAUUUCAAAUACUUUAUGAAGUUUUGGGUUUCGAUCACUGAAUCAUGCAACCUAGAAUGUAAAAAACACAAUAGUCCAUAAAUAGGAAAUAAAACUAAGUCUGGAAAUAUUCACAGUUGAUUUUCUUUGAAUGGUGUCACUGCUAGUAUCGC